CAACCCCCUUUGUUGUCAUCCCAAGUUCUCAACCGCUUAACGUGACCUUUGUCAAUAGAGUUUGAUUUAUAACUUAUCACACAGCACUCCACUUUGGCCACUCUACCUAUUACCUACUCUGCUUAUUGUACCUGUUACACCUAUUCACUCCUCCUCACAACCGCUCUACCGUCUUCCCCGACAAGCAUUGCACAAUCAUGGAAUGUUCGGUCACGACACGAUUUGACAGGUAGUCCAACAGCUCGAGCACAAAUAUCGAUACAGACACACUUACCAACAACCUCCUAAACCAACUUGGCGACAUCGACAUUUACAAAAGUCUCAAUCAAGAAAGUUCUCAGAAUGUCAUCCAAGCCAACCGGAACACCCUCGUCCAAAAAGCCGAAACCCCUCUUCAUCCUCCCCAAAUCUCACUUCGACAAGGCCAAGUCCUCAGAAGACGCCCUCUCCAAACGUCCGCCGACUCCGUAUUACCCUCCUGCCCGCCAGUCUGAGGGGGAGAGUUCUGGAGUCGCCGAUGAGAAGGGAAAAGACCAGAAGGAGGAUAUCAACGAUGCCAAGAAGCAGAACAACUAAGCAGAAGCAGAGAUAGGCUGCAUUACGUAUGUAAAAUCUAACACCUGGAGGUUUCGUGUUUCUUUG